AUGUCUCUCUUCCCAGCCCAUAUCUUCCAGAUACCUCUCCCAUCGCUUGUCUAUCUCCUCCCACCGCAUCAUCCCGCUCAAUGGGUCUUCCGGGGGGUCUUAAUGGUGUAUGUGGUGGUGUUGGUGAUCCCCCUGGUACUAAUCCUAUCACCCCUGUCCGUGCUGCUCGGGAGUCUGCCAUGGCGGCAUGUCAAUCGACUAACUCCUCUUGCCAUUCAUCCUGACAAUCUCCCGCCGAAGAAGCCUAUCCUUACGGCCUUAGGACGAUGUAUCGGCGUCUACAUCGUCUCUUCAGUCGCUUGGGCGAUAACGAGCUCUGGGUGUGCACCUGAUACCUCGGAGACCAGGACUGGUCCAGUAGUCAGAGGCACUCUCAACACGAUCGAAUAUGUCUGUCGAUCCGAGACAAGACUUGCCAUCGACGAAAUCAACAUGGACCCUGCUCCGGAGGAAGCUUGCAUAGGCGUCAUGAGGAUGAAAGGUAUCGAGAGGGUCUCUCGUCGAGGAUACUGGCUCCGGCAGCAGCCUGCCAAGCUGCCUGAUGGAUCCGGCUCGAUGGGCAAAGUUCAUACGGGUUCGGAUAAACAUGCCAUUCUCUUUCUCGCUGGAGGAGGCUAUGUUACCGGCGCCACGCUCUCGCACCCCUUCGUCUACUCUCUCAUGAGGUCUUUGCCCGCUGCCUGCCUGCCCGGAGGCUAUUCACUCCUCGCGCCGAGUGUGAGAAAAUCUCUCGACAUGUCUCGAGCCUUUCCUGCACCGUUAUUGGACGCAUUGGCCGGAUAUUGCCACUUGUUGAAGGACGGCUACUUGCCUGAAAACAUCACGUUCAUGGGCGACUCGGCUGGAGGAGGCCUUUGUUGGAGUCUGUUCGCAACUUUGGUGGUCCUCGAUGAGGAGACGGAUGCGGGUCUUGGUGUACCUGGAAAAGUGGCCCUGAUAUCUCCCUGGCUCGCUCUUCCACCCUGUCCCUCCGCUCAGUAUCCUGAUUUUCUGAACAAGCCCAUGAUGCUCAACGCCGCUAGAUGUUACAUGGCGAGAUUCCCUAUCGUCAAACAUCGUCCGGAUCCAUUCAAAUCGACAUUACCUCAGUUGAGCUCAGACAUCUCGCGGAUGGGCAGAGCUCUGGGAAGAAGAGUCGAUGUCUGUGCUCGGCGGUCAAAGUCAAGCGACGUCGAAGCGAACCAUAUGACACUUUCGAGAGAGAUAUUAAGACCGGAUGACGAGAUGCUGGAUCAAUCGUUAUCAUCCUUAUCCCGCUGGUUGGAGAUAGAGACGUUCACCAGAAUGACGUCGCAUCAUCCGCUUGUAUCGCCCGCUACAGAUCCGAACUCACCGUUCGUCACGCUAGUCUUCAAAGCCAUGUCGAGGCUGGGUACCAAGCUUCUCAUUCACGCAGGUACAGGCGAAGGAUUCUACAGUGCCGCCAUGUCGUUUGGGAGAGCCGCAAAGGCUGCUGACACGAAAGUUCAAAUUGAAAUCGAGGAGGGAGGUUUCCAUUCGGAGGCUUGCAUUAUGCCUGGAGAAUGGGGUGGUGCGAGUCAGAGGUUGGUCGGGACAUUGGUCGAAUGGCUGGCAAGGUUGAAGUGA